UUGGGAUCUUUUAAAGUGAUCGUAUGGAGAUAUUGCCUCUGCAAUUACCUUUCCACAACCCGUAGGGUCAUAUUUAAUAAUAUACACCCAACCUUACAUAGAUCAAGCAGGCCGCUUCCCCUAUAAAUACCCAACCUCUACCCAACCCAUUUCAUCAUUAAGACUAUAUACUAAAAAACCUUCUUGCAUACAAAAGCUUGCUAGCUUCAAUAUUUUUGCAAGCACAAAACCCAUUUCGCAAGUCAAAAAUGCCAGAAACAGAUGCAACCCCAAGCAACAAACCACAUGCAGUAAUGGUUCCAUACCCUGCCCAAGGCCAUGUCAACCCCCUAAUGCAAUUUGCCAAGCUUUUGCACGCAAGAGGCUUCCACAUCACCUUUGUUAACACAGAGUUCAACCACCGGCGCCUGAUCCGUUCGAAGGGGCCUGAGGCUGUCGAGGGCUUGCCCGACUUCCGGUUCGAUACGAUACCGGAUGGGUUGCCCCCGUCGGACAAGGACGCAACGCAGGAUCUCGCGUCGGUCUGCGACUCCACGAGGAAGAAGAGCCUGGGUCCCUUCCGGGACCUCUUGAAGAGGCUCAAUUCCUCACCGGGAGUGCCGCCGGUGACGUGCAUAAUCUCGGAUGGGGUCAUGAGCUUCACCAUGAAAGCUGCGAGAGAGCUGGGCAUUCCUGAGGCCCAGUUCUGGACUGCUUCUUCUUGCGGCCUCAUGGGAUACCUCCACUUUGCAGAACUAGCUGAUAGAGGACUUGUUCCAUUCCAAGAUCCAAGCUGCUUAACCAAUGAUUAUCUUGAAACCCCUCUGAAUUGGAUCCCGGGCUUAAUUCAAGGGAUCAAGCUGAAGCAUAUGCCAACAUUCUGCAGAAUAACCAAUGCAGACGACAUCAUGUUCAACUUCAUGAUAGAACAAAUGGAGAACUGCGCACGCUCCUCCGCCAUCAUCAUCAACACCUUCGGCGACUUCGAGUCCGAAGUCCUGCGCGCCCUCGCCGCCAAGUUUCCCCGCAUCUACACUACGGGACCCCUCAACCUCCUCGCCCGGAACUGGCCCGAAACCGACCAGUCCUCCCUCGAGUCCAGCCUCUGGAAAGAGAACACUGAGUGCAUAGACUGGCUCGACCUCCAGGAACCCGGGUCUGUGGUCUACGUCAACUUUGGGAGCAUCGCGGUGAUGUCGGCAGAGCACGUGAGGGAGUUUGCAUGGGGGCUGGCGAGCUGCGGCCAACCGUUCUUGUGGAUCCUGCGGCCGGACGUGGUGAUGGGCGAGACGGCAACGCUACCGGAGAACUUCGCGACGGAGGUGAAGGAGAAGGGGCUGAUAACGACGUGGUGUCCGCAGGAGAAGGUGCUUUUGCACCCAGCGGUGGGGGCGUUCUUGACACAUACGGGGUGGAACUCAGUGUUGGAGAGCUUGGGGGCGGGGGUUCCGCUGCUGUCGUGGCCGGUGCACGGCGAGCAGUGGAUGAACAGCUUUUAUGUAUGUGAGGAGUGGGGGAUAGGAAUGGCGGUGGAGAAGGAGGUGAGGAGGGAGGAGAUAGUGAGGGUGGUGAGGGAGAUGAUGGGUGGGGAAAAGGGGAAGAAGGUGAAGGAGAGGGUUUCGAAGUGGAAGAAGGCGGCGGAGGCAGCGACGGCGAAGGGAGGGAAGUCUUAUGCUAAUUUUGAGGAGGUGGUCGAGUGGGGUAGCCGCAGGUGUUGUGAAAAUGAGAAGAAUGGGUCUUGGUCAAUUUUUAAUUGCCAAACACGGAAUAAUUAUGAAAAACAUAAUGUUACUCAUCACGAGCCUACGAUCAUCGCGAACGAGAAUUGAACAGAGGAAAUAAAAUAGGGUUCAAGCUCUCUCCUCCUCUCAUUACUCGUCGAGUUUGUUUAUGAUGAUGGCUAUGAAUCCAUAAUGUCAUUUACGUUCUUUAUGAAAAAUUUUAACGUGUACUAUGAAGUAUAAUUCGGUCUUGAUUAGAAUAAAAGACUUGGUUCGAUUAAA